ACUAUGUUUGUCUAAGAAAUUCACAGACGAUGCUAAAAAUGAGGCAACAACAUAUGGCAUCUCAAAUUUCAAUGUUACAUCCUGUGAAGAUCACUGUUGGACCAUUUGCACAAGAGCAAGUUGAGUUUGAAGCAUAUCCUUCAGGGAAUGUGUAUUGGCCGGAUAUUGACCACGGAGGAGUAUUGCCGAAGUAUGGAAUUCACGAUCAGCACGCCGGGAGCGUGGUGCCUGAGCAUGUGGCAACGUGGCGGCACUCUCUUAACACGCCGAGGGCGUGCUUCUUGCGACGUGGCGACACCCCUUUACCAUGCCAGGGGCGUGGUGCAUGGAGAACCGUGAAGCGCAGCAGAGAUUCCCGCAUGCCCCCUCCAAGCCAAUCCGCUUCUGCCAUGUCAGCACGCAGAGGCGUGCCCUGCGUGCUGCCUAGUUGGCUCAACUACACUUUGCCACCUAGCUUUCACGCUCCCCACGUGAUUCAGGCACCACACCCCCUGCGUGUUGUGUCUUCAUCUAACACAUCCACCUGUGUGUAA